AUGUGUUUCGGCGGCUCGUCGCGCGUUUUCCGCGCGCGCGCUCACGGCGCGGUCGGGCGACGGGCGGUGACGACGGAGGCGCGCGUGGCGGGUAUAAUCGAUGUGAAACGCGUGACGGAAGUCGCGGGCGCGGCGGCGCUGGAGGUGUCGAAGCAAGUCCGAAUGCGCGGCGUCGAGGCGCCGGACGUGGAGAAGUCGUACGUCGCGCGAAGCGCGACGACGGAGGUGGAUGCGGACGGAUUACCGCUUGUGUACGACAAGGAAGCCAUUCAAAAGUAUUGGGAUAAACAGGGGGGGGCGCUGCAGCGACGGUGGGGGGAGUUUUUGUCGCUCUCGGUGCCGUUUCUGACGAAGAUUGCGACGCUCGCCAUCACGGGUGGGAGCGCGGAACUGUCGAAGAACGAUCGCGUGCUCGCUCGAGACGCGCGAAUCAUCAUCGAGAAGCUCGGGCCAACAUAUAUUAAAGCUGGACAGAUGAUGAGCGUGCGACCGGACGUAUUGCCGCAGGCGGCGCUGGAUGAGUUGGCAGUGUUGCAGGACAGUGUGAAGCCGUUCGACACGCCCACGGCGAUUGAUACAAUCGAGAGCGAGCUCGGCGGGCCGCUCUCGGAAUUUUUCGACGAGAUCAGCGAGGUUCCGGUCGCGGCGGCGUCGUUAGCGCAGGUGUAUCGUGCCAAACUCAAGAGUACGGGUGAGUACGUUGCCGUCAAGGUGCAGCGCCCAAAGAUUUUAGACACCGUCUCGAAGGAUUUGUACGUGUUGAGACGCGCGGCUGAAGUGUACCAGGGGCUCAUUGAGCGAUUUGCCCCGCAGCAGCGCACGGAUUACGUCGGAUUGUUGAAUGAGUGGGCAGUCGGUUUUUACACCGAGCUCGACUUUUUGAACGAGGCAGCGAACCAGCAGAAGUUGCGCGACUUGUUGGCGCAAGAACAAGUCAAGGACAUUUACGUCCCAGAGGUGAACGAUUGCCCUUCAGAAGAGAUUCGCGACCUCGUCGGAAUAGGUCAGGAAUGUUUUCUCGUCCAGCUCCUGCAGGUGGGCUUCUUCCACAGCGACCCGCACCCGGGCAACUUGAUGAAGCUUAACGAUACGUCCAAGGGUAAGCUAGCGAUUUUAGAUUUUGGUCUCGUGGCGUCCAUCCAGCAGGAAGAUAUGGACACCAUGGUGAGCUCGAUCAUUCACCUCGCGAACAAGGACUACCCGUCCUUAGUGGACGACUUCAUCGAUCUCAAAAUCCUGCCACCAGACUGCGAUCGCGCCAAGGUCGUGCCGCUCAUGGACAAGGCGCUGUCUCCGUACGUGAAGGGCGGUGGAGCGAAGAAGUACGAAGCUGAGUUGAAGCGCAUGUAUAACAUGGAUGGUUCUCUCUCGUCCACCGCGGGUGGCUUUCAAGCGAUGACUCAAGAUUUACUCACGGUGCUCAAUGAUAUUCCGUUCUCGAUUCCACCUUAUUUCGCCCUCCUCGGUCGCGCCGUGGUGACUCUGGAGGGGAUCGCGCUCAUCGGCAAUCCGGAUUACAGACUAGUCAUGGAGGCAUAUCCAUUCGUUGCGCGUAAACUGCUGCGUGAAGAUCGUCCGGAGGCGCAACGCGCGUUGGAGGAGGUUCUAUACGCCUCAACGCAAGGCGGCGGCUCAAUCUUGCAGGGACAGCGACUCGCAGUGAUGUUAAACAGUGCCAUGGGCAUUGUCGCCAAGAGUGAAGACGUUUUCGUUGACCUGGAGACCAUUCCGGAAGAUGCCGCGACUUUGGAUCAGUCUCUGAAGUAUCUGAUGCAACCCCAAGCGGCGAGCUUGAGAAAUUUGCUGGAGCGUGAAGCUGUCACGGCGGCGGAUUUGCUAUUGCGUCAAGCCUUGCGCAAGGGCGUCAACCGCUUUUUCGCGCAAUUUCCCAAGCCGCCGACGUGGUUACCGUUCUCGAAUGCGUUCCCGAAUCCGCGCGAUGUAACCGGGCCAGUGUUGCUUCCGGUUAGCGGAAGCGCGACGCCCGUUCCCGCUUUUGCGUCUCCUGGGCAAUUGUUGGACCUAGCGGCGCCGCAGCUCGAUCUUGAGGAAGAGGUUUUCGCGCUCGCACUUGGGGACUUGGCCGGUGGUUUAAUCGGUAAGGACGCCGCAACUGUACUCACCGGUGAUGCUUUCCUUGAACCGGAGGCGGUCGCUGCGCUGUUUUUGGGCAUUAUCUCCUCCGGUGAGCUCCCGAUCGGAACGAGCGAAGACGUUCGCCGAAUAGCGGCGAGUGCGCGCGAUUCGCUCCGAACUGUCACUCCGAAUGGUGAAUCCAGCGAGGAACAAAGCUUUGAGAACUUGAUCGCAGCCGUUCAAAAGCUUGACUCUGAAGAACGCGCGGUGCUGAAUAAAGCCACCGAACGCGUCAUUAGUCGCGUGUAUGAGAGAUUCUGCGAAAGGUUGGUGCCGUUGACCGGCGGUCCCGCUGUCGCAGCGCAAGAAAGUGAUGACAGAGUUGCGUUGAACGCUCGAUAG